GUCAGUUGCAAGACCCUUGGAUCACUUAUCACAAGAUGACAAGCUAAAAUGACAUAUUCUAUGUUGCAUUGAAUUUUUUUUAUUUUUUGGAUUUUAUUUUAGAUUAAGAUAAAUCUGAAAAUAUGAAUUUCUCUGAGUUUGCAGAAAUUGAAAAUUUAUCCUUUUUGGAAAACUUGUCCAAUAAAAAUUCAGGGGUAUUCCGCCAUGAAGAGAACUGUAAUUUGCCAACAACAAUCAUUUUUACUGUAGCCCUGGCAUAUGCAGCUUUGAUCAUUCUUGGACUCUCUGGAAAUUUGGCUCUUAUUAUCAUCAUUUUAAAACAAAAGGAAAUGCGUAAUGUCACAAACAUUCUUAUUGUGAAUCUUUCAUUUUCUGAUCUGCUAGCCACUAUCAUGUGUUUGCCGUUUACUUUAAUUUACACACUGAUGGAUCAUUGGAUUUUUGGAGAUGUUAUGUGCAAGUUGAAUGGAUAUGUUCAGUGUGUCUCUGUUACAGUCUCCAUUUUUUCCUUGGUUCUUAUUGCUGUUGAACGUCAUCAACUAAUAAUCAAUCCCCGUGGAUGGAGACCUAACAACAGACAUGCCUGCAUUGGUAUUACAGCAAUAUGGAUUGUAGCCAUGGCUGGCUCAUUGCCUUUUAUGAUGUACAGUGUCCUAACUGAUGAACCUUUCCAAAAUAUAACUAUUGACUCCUUUAUAGGAAAAUAUGUUUGCAUGGAGCAGUUCCCAAAGGAAUCAUACAGACUAUCUUACACAACUUUACUUUUUGUUGUACAGUAUGUGGUGCCGCUUUGUUUUAUAUUUGUAUGCUACACAAAGAUAUUCUUAAGAUUAAAAAGAAGAAACAACAUGAUGGACAAGAUAAGAGAUAAUAAAUACAGAUCCAGUGAAACAAAAAGAAUCAAUAUCAUGCUUUUAUCUAUUGUGGUGGCAUUUGCUUUAUGCUGGCUGCCUAUUUUUGUCUUUAAUCUGGUCUUUGAUUGGAACCAUGAGGCCAUUGAAAACUGCAACCAUAAUUUAUUGUUUUUAAUUUGCCACCUGACUGCAAUGAUCUCAACAUGUGUGAAUCCAGUUUUCUAUGGUUUUCUAAACAAAAACUUUCAGAGAGAUUUACAGUUUUUCUUUAAUUUUUGUGAUUUUCGAUCUAGAGAUGACGAUUAUGAGACUAUAGCUAUGUCAACCAUGCACACUGAUGUUUCCAAAACAUCUUUGAAGCAAGCAAGCCCAGUAGCAUAAAAAUAGACCAUUGAAUGCAUAUUCAAUGGCAGUAAGUGUUGUGAAAAUAUUUAUCCCAAAUAAGCACAAAAUCAUUACAUAAGUUAUUAUCCUGUAAUUAUAUUCAUGGUACCAAACACUACACGUCUGUUUUAACUGUAAAUUAAAUGUAGCCUGCUUUUGUGAUCUGGGAAUAUUUAAUAAUAAUAAUCACAUUGAAAAUAUUGCUACUUUUCAGUAUUUGGUUCACUUUUUUUUUUACAAUGGGACACACGCUGCCAAUAUUUGUGAAUCUAUGUAGUGUUUGGUACUGUGAAAAAUCACAACUACAGAAUAAACUAUAUAUGUUGUUAUGCUCUUUUGUACUUUACACCAGAUAAUCACAUAAUCACAUGAAAUAUUUAUUAUACAAGUUGCUUUUCUACAUAUUUUAAUAGAUUUUUAAGAAAUUGAUGUACAUGAUAAUGUUUUGUAAUUCAUUAAUGUGGUGGUUAACAGUAUUUGCUUUUAUUAACAAUACAACUACAUACACUUAGUAACAAAACAUUUAGAACACAUUGCAUAUGCAUUUUACCUAAUGUAAGCAUAUAUUUUUAUUUCUUCUGCAUCACAGUGUAUAACAAUAUGUAAGAAAUAAUUGUCACAUGCAUUCAUUUUAUAUUCAGUGCCAUAACAUCUGUAGAUGUAUUUUAACGUCAUUGAAGGAAAUACAGUUAUAAGAAAACAAUAGAUUGUCAGAAUGUUUCUCAUUAAAGUCAUCAAAAAGUGUUGUAGCAUCAGCUAGCCAUAAACCUCUGCAGCACUACAGUUUGCCUGUGCUGGAAAUAGAAUAUGUUACCUGGAUUUAAAUCAAUAGACCAGUUAUGGAUGUAUUUCCCCUGUCAUUGUGUAUGCACUGCUAAAAUUUCAAUACAGUAUUUUUGUUCAUAUCUAGCCUAUGUUUGUUCAGAUAAGAAGGAAAUUCAACCUAAUAUAUCAUGAUUUAACUUGUUAGUUUAUAGUACAUUACAAAUAUGAAGAAAAGAAAUCUUAUUUGUCAAAAUGCCAUAUUCCAUGACUGUAUUCGUCAAAUGAAAUGAGGACACUACAAUGGGGGUUGAUAGAAACCUAACAAGCUCAUUCUAAAAAGAAACCCUUUAAUUCCCACUUCCUCAGUCUUGCAAAAAUAGAUGAAAUAGAUAAACAUUAUGAUGGAUAUGGUGACUUCUGUCUUGGUUUCUGUAUAAAGGAAUUAAGCUGGCAUGUACAA